GAAUCGGGGAUUAUGGCAAGCCAGUUGUUCGUUCCUUUUAGAGCCUUAGGAUUUAUAUCUAAUCACGUACCACUGGCGAUACACACAACCGGCGCAGAGACAUUUGUCAGCACUGCCGUGGGACACACGUUUCAUCAGCAUACAUGUUCCAAGUUAAAGCUCAUCUUUGUCGGUUCAAUGGAGGAUCAAGCAAUAGGUUGUUUGGCUAGUUAUGGAAUGCAUCUCAUUACAUCAAUUGGUAGUAAGAUGAAACUUUGGAACAGAGGCAAAGAGGUUCGAGAAUUUCUGGGACACAAUAGUGAUGUACAUCUAAUUCUUCCUUUUGGACACCAUGUCAUUUCUAUUGAUGAGGUGAAUGAAGUGAAAAUAUUUGAAAUUGAAACAGCAGAGGUCUAUUCCGAACUUAACUUUGAUAUCUCUACGUUCAGGAUAACUGCUGCCAUGCAUCCUAGUACAUAUCUUAACAAGAUAUUGUUUGGUUCUCACCAAGGCUCAAUGCAGCUGUGGAACAUCAAGACAAAUCAAUUGAUCUUCACUUUCAAAGGUUGGAAUAGUCCUGUUACCUCAAUUGUGCAGGCACCUGCUGUGGAUGUAGUUGGAGUAGGUCUGCAAGAUGGUGGCUUAGUUCUUCACAAUUUAAAGUAUGAUGAGGUGAUUAUGAAGUUUCAGCAAGAUUGGGGACCAGUAACAACUGUUACUUUUCGAACGGACAACAUCCCUGUGAUGGCUAGCGGCAGUACUUCAGGAAACAUCGCUCUUUGGGAUUUGGAGCGAAAAAGGCUCCUGUCAACUAUCUACAAUGCACACCAUGGAACUGUGUCAGGAAUGGAAUUUCUUCAAUCACAACCUCUACUAGUUUCCAAUGGGGCUGACAAUUCAUUGAAUGUCUGGAUAUUUGAUCAACCUGAUGGCAGCGGCAGGCUUCUUCGAUCUAGGAAUGGUCACAGUGCACCUCCUACAUUGUGUAAAUUUUAUGGCAGCUCUCGACAUCUUAUUCUAACGGCAGGGCUUGACAGGUCUUUAAGGUUGCUUUCUAUUGUCAGUGAUCAUUACAGCACAGAGUUGUCACAAGGUUCAAUUGUGAGAAAAGCACAAGCCAGGGAUGUGAGACCAGAAGAGCUGAAGCUAUUGCCAAUUACAUCAUUUUUUGCUGAGGAUAUUCAUGAAAACGACUGGGACAAUGUAGUAACAUGUCAUGUUGGACAGUCAGUGGCUUGUACAUGGAGUCUGCAAAACAAAUGCAUUGGCAAGCACAAGUUAAAGCCUCAUUAUGCUCCGAAAUCUGCAACAGCAACAGUGGCAGUUAUAAGUCACUGUGGAAAUUUUGUUUUGAUUGGUUACUCAUCCGGUCACGUGGAAACAUUUAACAUCCAGUCAGGCUUGAACAGAGGAUGCUUUGGCAAUUUGAAAGCACAUGAUGGAGCAGUUCGAGGAGUUUCUAUUGAUGCUGUCAAUCAAAAUGUUGUGACAGGGUCGGCUGAUAAUACUCUGAAAUUCUGGAAUUUUAGAUCCAAACAAAAUCAUUGUACUAUUCUGUUGAAUGAAUGUGUUUGCCAGAUGGUUUACCACAGAGAGAGCUCAAUGCUGGCUGUGGCAUUAGAUGAUUUUACUAUUCAUGUGGUCGACACGGACACCAGGAGAAUAGUUCGUACUUUCACUGGACACACUAACAGGAUCUUGGACAUGGCAUAUAGUCCUGAUUCGCGUUGGCUUAUUUCCUCAUCUAUGGACAUGACUGUGAGGACCUGGGAUUUACCAGCAGCAAAGUUGCUGGAUUGUUUUCUUGUAGAAUCAGCUGCCACAAGUGUGAGUAUGUCUGAAGUUGGAGAUUUUUUGGCUACGACGCAUGUGGAUAAUCUUGGAGUUUAUUUAUGGUCAAAUCGGUUUAUGUAUUCUGCAAUAUCUCUUCGUCCAUUGCCACCUAACUACCAGCCUGAAAUGCUUGCCAUGCCAACAACUGGAGAACAGCAAAUAGGUGGCCAGAUAUUAUCUCAACCGCAUGGAGAAAUAGUUGACAUGCUUCAAUUGAAGUUCAAAACUCCAGACCAGCUUGCUGAAGAACUAGUAUCUUUGUCAGAACUACCUCGAUCAAGGUGGCAUAACCUUAUCCAUCUAGACAUUAUUAAGCAUAGAAAUAAGCCAAAGGAACCACCUAGAGUUCCUGAAGCUGCUCCUUUCUUCUUACCUACUGUUCCUGGAUUAGAUUUUCAAUUUUACAAAGACACACAAAGCAAUACAUCAACUGAAGAAAAGGUUGCUGCUUCUAAACAAAUAUCUCUCUCACAAGUUCGACCCAAGUCUAAUUUUGAGGAAUGUUUGGACUCUUGUAGUUCUUCAGGAGACUAUUCACCUCUUGUGGCAAUGCUGGAGACAAUGGGCCCAUCAGCCAUCAAUACUGAAAUACACAUGCUAGGCUCUGAGGAGGGUGGAGAUGUGAAGCAAUUAUUGAGCAUGAUUCAGUUUUUUAAGUGUCAGUCGGUAAAAAGGAAAGACUAUGAAAUGGUCGAAGCAUAUUUACAAGUUUUUCUCAAGAUUCAUGGUGAGACAAUAGCAAAAAAUGCCGAUCUAAGGAGUGAAGCUAAGGCUUUGUUGGACUUACAAAAGGAAACGUGGUCGAGAAUACAGUGUUUACUGAACCAGUCUUUAUGUUUGGCCAGUUACAUUAGGAGUGCUACCGUGUAGUCUUUGCUGUAUGGUACUGCAAAGUUUUAUCUUUAUUGGCAAAAUUGAAGACGGCUUUGACGUAAUUGAAAGUAGUAAGAAGACUUGGCUUGUGAGGCUA